AUGGACAUAAAAGCAUAUUUCAAAACUCCUUUCGGAUCUUCUGCGUAUUCUGUGGAAAACGAUGUCCGUCUUGUCCUCCGUGCUUUCUGUGAUUGUGAUAGACACAGAGAGAUUGCCGGAAUUGUGUGGAAUUUCGGAAAUACAUUCUUUUCGCGAAAACAUACCGAACUUGUUUUUGAUUACAUCGAAACGGAGAAUGACCAAACUUGCUGCAUUGUGGUCACCGAGAACGGAAAAACUACAACUUCAUUUCCUUUUUUGCUAAAGACCAUUCAUGCGGUUCAGGGAGACACCGGCAGAACCAUUGAAUGCGUUGUUUCCGGCACUACAAUCGAGAACGGAUCAAGUGCCGUGUUAUGGGUUGAAAGACCUAACGGAUCCGUGUGGUCUGUUGUCGGCUCAAUCACAGGCAAUACAAUCAGUUUCGAUAUUCCGUCAGGCGGUGCGUUCACACAGAUCGGAACGGCAAAAGCACAGGCAAAAAUCACAUAUGUUGACACUGUAACAAGUACAUUUGAAUUUGUCAUUGAAGUGCAUGAAAACAUCAGCGGAACACCUACCCAAGAGGACGAAUCUUGGAGAGAUCAGCUGACGGCAUCACUUCAGGGUCAGAUUGGAACACUUGACGGCAAGAUCAACAAUGUAGAAGCGGAACUUCUUGACAUUGUUAAUCCGAUUACGGAAUAUCUUUCGGACAAAAAAAUCGCAUCAAAAGUUAUAAAUGCAUCAACUUCAGCCGUUGUGACUUGCGAACAGACCGGGGUUGCGCUUGUUGCAUUCGCAGGCAACGCAUCAACUUCGGCACUUUGGCUUCUGCGUGUUACCGGUUCACCUACUUGCUACGCAGCGAAACUUGUAAAUAACGGAAAUCAUACGGAAACCCAUGUAAGUGCAGAUAGAAGUUUUACAAUCAACGGCGGUUCAACUGUUAUCUUUACUUUGAUUCCGAUUAACGGAACAUGGACGAUGGAAUAA